CUCAACCGCUCCCUCCCCCAAGUGACCGCUGCCUGCCGAGCGUGCCGCCGUGCCACGCCGCCUGCGAGUCUUUUUUCAGAGUCUGAAGAGCUUGAGGCACACUUGCCAGCUUCCCACUGCUCCUCUGCGGCAGCGUCUCGCUUUCAGCUUUCAGGUUAACUGAAAUCUGCAAACAUUCUCUGCUGCAAGAAAAAAAGGGUGAUGUCAUCAGAAGAUGAUGCUGGCGGGGAAGCUCCUGGGGGCAGUUUCUGGGAGGCUGGGAACUACAAGCGGACAGUGAAACGUGUGGACGAUGGCUACCGGCUCUGCAAUGACCUUAUCUCCUGCUUCCAGGAGAGAGCCAAGAUAGAGAAGAACUAUGCCCAGCAGCUCACAGAAUGGUCCCGUAAGUGGAGGACCAAUGUGGAGAGAGGUCCGCAGUAUGGUACUCUGGAAAAGGCCUGGCAUGCCUUCCUGACAGCUGCAGACAAACUGAGUGAAAUUCACUUGGCUGUCCGGAACCACCUGGCUGGUGAAGAUUCCGAUAAGAUCAAGGCCUGGCAGAAGGAGGCCUACCACAAGCAGAUGAUUGGAGGCUUCAAGGAAACAAAGGAUGCAGAGGAUGGGUUCCGCAAAGCCCAGAAGCCCUGGGUGAAGAAGAUGAAAGAUGUGGAGACUUCUAAGAAAAACUAUCAUGCAGCCCGGAAGGAGGAGAAAACAGCCCAUACAAGGGAGAACCAUGCCAAGGCAGACUCGUCUGUCUCACAGGAGCAGAUGCGCAAGUUGCAGGAGCGUGUCGAGAAGUGCACUCAGGAGGCUGAGAAGUGCAAGGAUCAGUAUGAGAAGAUGCUGGAAGAAUUGAAUCGCUACAAUCCCCGCUACAUGGAGGACAUGGAGCAAGUGUUUGAGGGCUGUCAGGAGGCAGAGCGCAAGCGACUGUGCUUCUUCAAGGAGAUGCUUCUGAAUCUGCACCAGCAUCUCAACCUCUCCACCAGUGAAAGCUUUCAUGCAUUGUAUCGGGAUCUCCACCAAGUCAUCAUGGCUGCAGACAACCAGGAGGACCUGAAGUGGUGGCGCAACACUCAUGGACCAGGCAUGGCCAUGAAUUGGCCUCAGUUUGAGGAAUGGUCCCUUGAAACACAGAGGCAAAUCACCAAGAAGGAGAAGAGUGGCAAGAUGGCUGAUGAUGUCACACUGACCAGCAUUUUGCCUGCACGAGAUGGUGUUGUCUCACAGACCCCUCUGCAGACAAGGUUUUCCUAUCAAGAGGAGCAGAACAGUCUCUUCUAUGACACCCUGAAGGCACCAACCCAUGUGAACGGAGGGAAGGAAGACAUUUCAGAGUGGUCAGAUGAGGACACUCCCAAGAAGUGCCUGGAUGCCAACGGGCAUGAGGAAGACCUGAAGGUACCAGGUGUACGGGUACGAGCACUCUAUGAUUACACGGGACAGGAGGCUGAUGAGCUGAGCUUUAAAGCAGGUGAAGAACUAAUGAAGAUUAGUGAGGAAGAUGAGCAGGGCUGGUGCAAAGGCCGACUUCUCACUGGUCAAGUUGGACUCUAUCCUGCCAAUUAUGUUGAGAAGGUUGGAUCAUGAUUGCUGCUGCCCCACCAGUGCCUCACAGCCAUACCAGCAUCUCCUGCAGAGGUCACUGGGUCACUCCUGGCCCCAACCCACCUUUGCAGUAUAUCCAGCAGCUUCUGGACUUUAAAGGCACAUAUUCCAUGUAACUAAUGCUUCAUUUAAACAUCUAGAUCUGUAGGGAUUUUCUAAAAAAUAAACAAGGAUGAAUAAA